UCAGGACCUGUUGGCUCUCCUUGGUUAAGAGACAGGGACGUUUUAUCGGUACUGCGUUUUCUGGAUAGUGGCAGUUGUACUUGGAACUUUAUGCCUCGAAACCGCCAUCGGAGGUUGCCUCGCGCAACCUCCUCGCCUUGGAGGCUGAUGAGCUCUUAAACAGCAAAGCCUGGAUUUGAACCCAGGCAGAACUCUGUCCACUCGUCCACUCCCUUCCAAUCUUAUUGCUGGACAAAUGUGUGCUGUGCAUCUACCUUGUAACAAGACCUUCACAGGAAAAGGGAGCUAUAUGCAUGCCACCUUAACCCCUCCGUGCGGGUACCUGGAGGCACAAUUCCUCAUUUAGAGGGUUCUUGGUAUCAUGAAACUGCAAACGCCCUGCCAGGAGUGUUCACCAUGCAACCACUGAAGACCCCACGGCUGUCUCGAGCUCCUUUGCCCGUCUUUAUGGGUGUGGGGGGUUUGCGGGGCUGGGAGUCUCACGGGUCUCACACACGCUGGGCGGGUCUUACAACGCUGGGCGCAGGCAGUUCCGCCUGCCUGUCUGAACUGGUCCACUGCGGUUCGUUGACAGGGAAGAUGCUGUAGGUCUAACGUCUGCAGUUUGCUAAAUUCUGACAUAUGGUUGCACCUGCAAAGCCAUCCCCGCAAGGAAAAGAGGGAAACUGUCCUUGUACGCCAGGGAGGCCACGCGGUCUGCUGACCUGCUGUCCCCUAGAGUGGCCGUGCUCCCUGGAGCGCAAUGCCCAGGCCCCACUACGCUCGCUCUCUAGCUAGGCUCUUUUGCCCGGCAUCGGUGUUCCGGGAUCCGGGCUCUGGCCGUGUCGUGCAGGGGUACAGACUGCUCGAUUCUUUGCUUGAGCAGUAGCUUCCAUCGCGGAGAUGGGCCACGGUUUGUUCCUGUUCUAACAUGAAUUCCUGAUUUUGACCUUUGAAGUGAGAGCCUGACGCGAGAGACCAGUGAGCCGUGCAGGCUGCGGGCCCGAAAGCCUGCGCGAUCCCAGUGCUGCCUCGCGGCCUGAAGCAAGCACUCGGUUCUGGGUGACUCCAGUGCACAGCGGGGUUAGGGCGUCCUGCCAGGACUCGAAGCUGGUGAAGGAACGUCACAGUUUGUGCGACAGGAAGAGUGACACGUGGGGUGCUCCCACGUGGGUUGCAUUUUUCCGAAUUUUCCCUUUUUUUCUGCACUAGGACUGAACUCGGGGCUUGGCCCGUGCCAGGCAAGCGCGCUGUCACCGAGCCACGCCGCCUCAGCCCUUUUGUUCCCUGGGCUUCCCUGUGGUCCGCUGUGGGCCGACACCCUCGCUUCCUGCUAAUAGCGUCCCAAGGAAAACUGCUCCUCGGCAGCCGCGGGGGCCCAGCGCCGCGCCGCACGCCCAGGGCCGGAAGUCGAGCCUCGAGCCGGAAGUCGGGCCUGGCGAGGAUCGGGGCCGCGGCUGGACCGUUGACGGCCGGCGGUGGCUCCACACCGCGCCGUUCCGAAUGGAGGCGGCGCCGGGCCCCGGGCCGAGGCUCUGCUGCCGGCCCGGCGGGCGGCUGGACAUGAGCCACGGCUUCGUGCACCACAUACGACGGAACCAGAUCGCUCGGGACGACUAUGACAAGAAGGUGAAGCAGGCCAAGGAGAAGGCGAGGAGGCGGCACACGCCCGCGCCCACGCGGCCGCGCAAGCCCGACCUGCAGGUGUACCUGCCGCGGCGCCGAGAUGGUUCUACCCACCCAGGCAACCCAGACUGUGAGGAGUCCGGUGAAAGCAGCAGUAGUGGUGGCUCCGAGCUGGAGCCUUCUGGCCAUCAGCUCUUCUGCUUAGAAUACGAGUCGGACAAUGGAGAGGUCACAUCAGUUAUCGUGUAUCAGGACGAUGACCCAGGAAGGGUGAGUGAGGAAGUGUCAGCACACACACCUCUGGAUCUGCCCAUGCGAGAGGCCCUCAAGUUGCGUAUCCAGGAGGAGAUUGCCAAACGCCAGAGCCGACACUGACCAGGUGGAAGGCAUUCUCUCCAGGCCAGAAUCCUGCACUUGGAUGAAUUCUAACUAGGGAGCCCACCGUACAUUGCGGUGCUAGGACUUGUCUGUCUGAUCUUGAGACCCUUAUAAGCUGCUGCCUCCACAGGGGUGUUGCAGGGCUACACCUAGCCCACCUCCCUUGCAGCAAUUCUUUCUUGUAUGUUGACCAUUUGGCUGGCCUAUUGUCUUGGAAUUUUUUGAGAAUUUUGAUUAGAGAACCUGGUGCUCUUGAAGCUAAGAACUUAGGGAGAGCCAGGGUUUAUAAAGCCUUUUGCCAAUACUCUUGCUCUCUCACUGAAGUCAUAUGCCUGACCACUCACGCCAUGAGCCGUGUUUGUUACUUUAUCGUUUUCUUUCAUGUUUCUGCUUCCACCAUAGUUUCCUAGACCCCCCCCCCUCCCCGCCCCUUAAGUUUUGUUCUUUUUGCCUCAGGUAGAACCCAUCAGUUCCUUUCACCCCAUCUCUUGACAUGACUAUGCAUCUCCACAACUAAGGGCUUUGCUGGUGGGGAGUUCUGGGCAUCUACCUUUCUAACAAGUUCUCCGAAUAUUUCUGGCACCAGUAAGAUGGGAGAGGCCUGCUUGGAAGCUUGUUCUCUUCCCCUUGCAUGACUUCUUCCCAUGCUCCACUGCUUUGUGCUGUUUAGAUAGGCCACCUAGGAAAAAGAUGCUGUUGUAAAAUCUGGGGAUCUCAGUGAAUCCUGCUUUAGUUAGAGUUAAGCAAUUCCAGCUUUUGAUCCCAUCCCCAGUUGUGAAUAGACUAUUCUCUGUUCAGACUAAAGGGGAAUUGUCAAAACAAGGUAUUAAAGUCCAGAACAGUUUUGAAUGUAUGUGCAAAGUGGAAAUCAGCAUAAGUUUAGAGCCCCAGUAGCCAGAAAAAAAAAAAAAAAGUCCUGAAGAAAGCCCAUACUAGAAAAAGUAAAAUUAGCCCCUUAUCUGCCCCACAUGUUUUCCUUUCCUACCUCCAAAAAAUAUACAACUAAGAGUCUUGUAGAGCCCCAGUGAUAGUAUGUUGGCCCAUUUGGCUGGCCUAUUAUCUUGAAAUUUUUUGAGAAUUUUGAUUAGAGAACCUUGUGCUCUAGUAGCAGAGACCUUAGGGAGAGCCAGGGUUUAUAAAGCCUUCUGCCAAUAUGCUGUAUGUAGAGAAUUUUUAUUUUUUGGAAUGGUCCCAGGAAUCAAACCCAGGGCCUCUUGCAUGCUAGGCAAGCACACUGCUACUGAGCUCCAUUCUAACACAGGGUUAGACAAGAGGACUGAGGGGUGCAGCUCAGUGGUAGAGUACCUGCCUAGCAUGCACCCGGCUCUGGGUUCAGUCCCCAGCACCACUUUGGGAGGUGGGGAGGAGGUGGGGAGGCUAAGGUCUAAAGUCUACAAGACAUCCUGUGCACUGAAGCUCCAAAGCACCUCGGUUUCCCAGCAAAUCAAACUAACAUCAGUGACUCCAAAUGUGGACUGUAAGUGAGCCUGUGAGCACUGAGUCCCUGAAACCAAAAUACCCAUCCCCAGGGGUUUCUGUAUACAAACAGGAUCUCAAGAUCAGUCUGACUGUUCCAUCUCUUAAAGAACACCUAAGGGCACUGUUGGUUUGUGUCCUGCACCCCUGAAAACUGACCCCUGGAGAAUGGGGCGAGGCAGCUACUUCAACUGCACUAUUACAACAUUAAACACUAUGAGCCACAACUUGCAGUAUCAGAGAAACACUGGGAAGUGAGUACGGUGGUAAGUUAGAGGGGCCUGUGCUCCAGACCUACAUUGCUAGCCCAAGUGCCUUAAACCUUAGUCCCAGACUCAGUUCUGCUUUUAGAGGAGAAAGUCUCUGACCUCUACUUAUGCAUCUAGCUAUAAAGUGCCUUUGGACCUAGAAUGUCAGCUACCAUCCAGCACCUGGGCCAAGGGGGCCCUUCCAGACUCUACCCACUUCUUCCUGCAGGGAAAGGACCAGUCUUUUUAGUCUUCCAACUCUCCAAGUGAUAUGUGACUUGAAACAUGGGCUCUCACUGGAAGUCUGCCUCCCUGGGAGGGAGGCGGUAUCUGUCUUCUCGCAGCUUGAUUGCCUGUUUCCUGGUUUUAUGAUAGAACAUAGAGAAAGAAGGCCCCAAAAGGAGUCGGGGGGCACGGCACCAUUCCUGUCUCUUGAAGAGGGAAGAGGUAAAAGAAGGCAGUGUUUAGUGAUUGCCUGUUGGGUCCCUUUGUGUGUUUGUCAUGUGGGUCUCACAAAGGCCCCUUAAGGCAGAGGAGGAUAGAAAGUCCUUACUUUUACCCUUUUUUUCUUUAGGAACUUUUGUUUAUCAAGGACAUAUAUUUUCUACCCAUGACAGCAUUCUAAUGCAUGUAUGACUUUUGCAGUGACUAAAUAAAGCGCUGAGGCCUGUACUUCAGUGAGAGGUGGUCCUUCAGAGCUGCCCUGCUGGAGCAGAUACUGCUGUCUGCCCCAGAGCUCGGCCCCACUGCUUGCCACCAUGGUCCAUCUGGGGCCAGGAUGGUGCUAUCCACCUUAUGUAAACCUGCCUCCAGACAGCUUGCACCUGUUUCAGAAACUCAUGCUUUGCCUGAAGGAGCAUGUCCACAGCAUUUCUCACAGGUUCUAGAGCUGUCCACAAGAGGAGUACCUUCUGCCGGUCAGUGCUGAGGCAGCAAUCUUAGCCUGAGUGAAGCAACACUCACUUGAGUAGAUAUGUUCUCAGCUGUCUUAAAGAAAAGUCUGAUAGGCAUGUCCAUUGGGUAUGGAGUGUUCCUCCCUCUGUUCUUAACUGAGGUUAAGCCCGAAUUUUAAAGCUUUUGUUUCCUGGGCCACAAAGGGUGAUUACCAAGAGGAGGUAGCCAUCAUGCAAGGUCUUGGAACUGUGCUUCAGUGAGCUGUGAAGCCGGAGUUGCAGCCCACUGGCAAGCAGGAGGCCUUGGAGUGCAGCACAGGGAAAGGAAAGGAAAGCUGUGUGAGGUGGGAACCCCAAGCCCCACCAGCCAGUAGGCUAACACUCACAGGAAGAGCCUCUCUGGACAGGAGACUGCCAAUCGGAGAUGAGUCCACAGGAUAGGAGGAAGCCCUUGGGUGGUGAGUGCCCAACCUGCUGUGAAUUUGGCAAGAUCCAUGAACUCAGGGUGCUGGGUUCCCUGAUGGUUCACAAUUUAAAUGAGGAAUGAGAAUGGAGUCCCCUCUUGUCUCAGCCUUUGGGAAAAUCACCAUGGGAUGCUGACCAGUAUUUGACAUACUUUAACUCCUCUAAAUUCCUGUCCUGUCCUCCAGGAAUCACAUGACCAAGAAGCCAUAGGUACCCACCCCAAGUUUCCCCAGGAGUUGGAGUGAGGUAGAAGUGAGGACCUGCUGAGUGAAGGGCUCCUCCGCCUGGCAGGUUGCACUGGCUGCUUUGAGGUGCCAGGUGUGAAAAGGCUUUGGUUGUGUUUUCUGGCUCCCAGUGUAUCUGCUGUUGUGGGUAAAUAAAACAGUGUACAGACUAUUUGAAAGUCCCAGAUGGGAGACACUUUUCAAAAGCAGUAUUUUGUUAAACCAAUAAACUAUGUUUACAGCA